AUGGGUCUUCUCAAGACGGCCGCAAGCCUCCUGGUGCUCGGGCUUGUUGCCCACGGGAACCCCGUUCCCCAGGGUGGCACUGGCUCGGCAGCCGCCAAGUACUGUGACCCUGCCACGACCAUCUGCUAUUCCGAAUGGAAAAGCCCCGAGAACAUCGCAUACCGCAUUGCAAUCCCGGACACGGCGACUACCGGGAACUUCUCGGUCUUGGUUCAGAUCGAGGCACCGAGGACCGUUGGGUGGGCUGGCAUGGCAUGGGGCGGCAUCAUGGUGAACAACCCACUGCUAGUGGGCUGGGUCAACGGAACGGGCACCGUGGCGUCGAGUCGAAGAGCGAGCGCGCGCACGUAUCCCACCCCUUACACCGGAGCCACGUACACUGUACUUCCGGGUUCGGUUGCCAACAGCACCCACUGGACGCUCAAUGUGCUUGCCAAGGGAGUUAGCUCAUGGGGAACCACGCAGCUUAAUCCAGCUAGCACGGCCGUAUCCUUCGCCUAUGCUCAGAGUGCUUCCCCUCCCGUCGAACCAGCAAACAAUGCUAGCCGCUUCAGCAUUCACAACACGCGCGGCAAGUGGUCGCACGAUCUGAGCAGCGCGAAGCUUGCAAACUUUGCGGAACUAGUUCAGAAAGCGUCGGAGGCGAGGUCGUCUUGA